AUGGAGAAAAGUGAGCUGGAGAAGUUAUGGGCGAAGAGGGAGGUUGUUUUCGCAAAAGCAAAAUGGGAGUUGUCCGUCGCAGAAUCGCUUAGCACCCGGAAUCCCUCAUUCGACGAGGUGCACGAACGGCGGAACAAGCUCGUAGAACUUGCUGGAAACUUCGACAGGAUACAGACGACGAUCGAAGAAUGCACCAGCAAUUUGGAAGAUGUUGCAUCGGUUUUCAAUUACCGGCUGCAGUUUGAUGAAGUUUAUUUCCAGAUAAAGGGUAUCUACACAGCAUAUCUGGAUGAGACACAAGAUCGAAUGUCCAACUGCAGUGUCGGAACUGGAGAAUCGGUCAAUGACCUACGGGAUGCGAUCAGAGCGCUUGUAGAAACACAGCAAGCCUUGAUAUUGCAUCAAAUACAACCCACAGCAGCAUCGGCUACCGGCCAAGUGUCUAAUCAUAACAACCCUCUGAACGUGAAGCUUCCUCAGCUAAACAUUCCGGUGUUCAAGGGUGAACGGAAGAAUUGGCACUCAUUCAAGGAUUUGUUCGUGAGCACGAUCCACAGCAGAACGGAUCUAAAUGACUCGCUCAAAAUGCAGUAUUUGUUGUCCUACUUGGAUGGCGAGGCGAAAAAAAUGGUCAGUUCGUUUCCCAUCAGUGACGCCAAUUACAAGGAAGCCUGGGAAACAUUGGAAGCGCAUUAUAAUAAGAAGAAGUAUACGGUGUUUGGUCUGGUUCGAGAGUUCAUCGAUCAACCAUCAACGUCAACUGCACUCGGAUUAAAAAAGCUGGUGGCCACCUCCGACGAUGUGAUACGACAGCUCAAGGCUCUUGGAAACGAAUUCGAAUCGAGAGAUCCGUGGCUUAUCCACUUAUUGCUAGAGAAAGUUGACAAGGAAACUCGGUCUUUGUGGGCACAGAAGAUAAUUGAUGUCGAUAACCCAACGUUCACAGACUUCUUGGAGUUCUUGCAAAAGCGCUGCGAUGCGCUCGAGACGUGCACAGCCUUCACGAAGCGGACUAGCCAGGGAGACGUCGUAAAAAAGGAAUACCCGAAGGCACACGGUGGUGAAAAGGUGCAAUCCUUCCUCACCAAUGCUUCAUUACCAACAUGCGCUAAAUGUUCGAAGGAUCAUCCAAUCUAUCACUGUGACCGGUUCAAAGAAAUGGAUGUAUCGGCCCGCAGAGACGAAGAGAUGUCAAAGUCCGUUUGUCGCUCUACUGAUUGCAAGCAACGUCAUCACACCUUGUUGUGCACCCAGGAUGUAAAAAAGACGGAAAAGGAACCAGAACAGCAUCAACCCUAUCGGGAUACUGGUACAGUACCAGCAGUAGCAUCAGCGAACGUGAACGCAGCGCAGACGGUGGGAGAUAAAUAUGAAUUUACACUGCUGCCUACAGCGGUGGGACGAGUGGAAGGGAGCGACGGAAAACUGCACGAUGUACGAAUUCUAGUGGACUGUGGUUCACAGGUAUCACUCAUUACAGAAGCGUGCGUCAGGCGUCUUGGGUUGAGACGCAGCAACGCUUCGCUGGUAGUGACUGGCGUCAGCGCAGAAGUGGUCGGCAAAACCGCCGGCAAGGUUACACUGGUGAUCUCAUCACGUUUCGAAAAUACAACAAAGCUCAUUGCUCAAGCCUACGUAUUGGGGAAGCUGACGGCAGCUCUGCCGUGUCAGCGUUUCAGCGUAUCUAACAUGCCUUAUUUGGAAGGUCUACAAUUGGCCGACCCGCAGUUCAAUAAACCUGCAUCAACGGACAUCAUUCUUGGAGCCGACAUGUUCCUGUCAAUACUGCAAUCAGGACAGAUCAAGGAUCACAACGGAAAUCCUAUGGCACAGCGUUCCAUCUUCGGAUGGAUGGUCACAGGGAAAAUCUCAAAACAAGAAUGUGCUCAUACCUAUCAUUCGGUCAUCAAUUUGCAGCACGAGGUUGAUAUUGAUCGGACUCUGCGCUUAUUUUGGGAAGAUCAGGAGUUACACAGUCUUAAGCAACACACCAAGGAUGAACUUACGAUGAUAGAACUGUUUAACUCCACCUUAACACGCUCGAAGGAAGGUCGCUUCAUCGUUCGUUUACCAAUGGAUGAUUCGAAGCUCAAACUUGGAAACUCUCUAGUUGCCGCUACCAGGCGAUUGAGAUGCAUCGUACGCAGAUUCGACAGUGACAAUGAUUUCAAGCAACGCUAUAUAUCGUUCAUGCGGGAGUACCAGGAAUUAGGUCAUAUGAUGAUUAUACCACCAGCGGAGAUUGACGUGGAUUGGUCAAAGUCGUAUUACUUGCCGCACCACGGCGUCAUCAAGGAAGACAGCACCACUACCAAACUCCGGGUGGUGUUUUAUGGCUCGUCUGCAACAACGACCGGAGCAUCACUCAACGAUAUUCUAUUGGAUACCCCAAACAUCAAAGCAGAUCUGUUCAAAGUACUACUGCGAUUCAGAACCUAUCCGAUUGUAUUCAUAGCGGACAUCGAAAAGAUGUAUCGUCAGGUAUUGGUACAUCAUGACGACACCGAUUAUAUGCGUGCAGAUUCGGUGGAUGAGGCAAAACAGCUUAUUAGACAGAUAAAUGAAAUUCUCGGUGAAGCUGGGUUUACGCUUCGCAAAUGGAGCUCGAACUCUGGUGAAGUGCUGGAGUCUUUAUCAGACACAAUCAACAGCUCGAUAUCGAUCCAAUUUCCUGAUGAACGGAACGCAGUGAAGGCACUUGGAACGCAUUGGGUUCCGAGGGAAGAUGUGUAA